GGGUUUUCUCUGAUCUCACCCGUCGUAUUUUUUCCAUCGGUAUCCCUGAUGGCCUUGAAGAAUCCUUCUUGACGAUUGGUAUGUUCUCUGGUGAAAGUAUUUACUAUAACCUUUUCCGAACACGCUGUAAGGCGAUAGCGUUAGACUAUAGAACCCAAGCAUAUGCCAAGUACUGCCAGUGGGUGGUUGUUGCCAAAGCGAGAUCCGUCUACAAACAGACCAUGAAUCCCAGUCUUCGUCAUCGAUAGUACACUGAAAAGACUGAUCUACGAUACAUGUCUGCAAUGUAUUCUGAUGACUAACGUUGCAAUAAAACAUGAAAAUGGUCGCAUGAAUGAUUGACGCU